UAUUUUGUACUAAUUUUUGUACUUAUUGAUGUAGGUAGUGAAGUGACAAUUCCUCGCUGCGUAAAAAAACAAAUAAACCGGGUUAAUACUCCUUCACAAUCGCCUGAAGAGUAUUUCAGACGCACAAUAUUUAAUUCAUUUUUAGACCAUACCAUUGUUCAUUUAUCAGACCGUUUUAUAAAACAUAAACAAAUAAUAACUGAAUUAGAAAAAUUAAUUCCAAGAUGUAUUAAUGUAAAUUCACUAGAUCUAUCAAAAGAUACUAUAAUCUUUUAUGAAAGUUUAUUGCCAGAUUCUACAGUAUUUAAUGAAGAAUUCUCCACAUGGAAAUUAAAAUGGCUAAAAGAUAAUAUUGAAAAAAAACCUUCAAAUGCAGUAGAGUCUUUAUUAGAAUGUGAUGAAAGAUUUUUCCCAAAUAUAAGAAAACUGAUGGAAAUAUUAGCAACUUUACCCGUGUCUACGGCAACUGUAGAAAGGACCUUUUCUACUUUACGGUGUCUCAAAACAUAUUUGCGCAACACAACUGGAGAAGAUCGGUUAACUGGGUUAGCUCUUCUUUCAAUUCAAAAAGAAAUUAACGUUGAUCCUAAAGAAGUAGUAAGAAGGUUCGCUUUAAUACCUCGAAGACAAGGAUUCGUUCUGUGAUUUUUUUUUAUGUAUGUUGUAUGAAUA